UAAAGGAGAGCAUCCGACCCAGUGGAGAGUGCCGCAGCAGGCUGAGGAGCGACUACUUUAACUCUGCAAACUUAGAAUCCUGCUCUGAUUCUAGGACACUAUCCUUGCCUCUCCGAUAAGGAAGCAACAGUAUCAAACCGAGAGUAGGGCCGAAACCGGCUUCUCUUGUCGCCCGCUUCGUCAGGUAAGGCUCCGGGUUGGCAGCCAGAAGUUCUCAGGGGACAGUUUGGUGCGCACAUGGCACCACAAAUGAGAUCCUCUAUCUGCUGACAGCCGCGCAACACGGCAUCACACUCUGGAUAAUGAGGCCUUCUAACUUUUUUAACUCCAUUAUUCACACCAAAACUUAACCAGCUCUCACAUCCGGAAUAAGGAUUUAUCUCUCUUUCCCCUUCUUUACCGGGGGCAAAAAGACAGGAGCCAUGCUGGGUUUAAGCAGGAUUCUUGGCCUCCGUGCUGCUCGAAUUCACCGCGCUGGUUCUCCGGGAGCCGGACUCUCAACCGGGCCUUCUUCAUGUCAGAACCAAGUUGCCAGCUCAAAGAUGUACUGUGCGUGUCUGUUGCUGCUGCUGCUCGUCACGCCUCGCGUGGACUCUUCGUGGUGGUACAUUGGUGCUCUGGGGGCUCGUGUCAUCUGUGACAACAUCCCUGGCCUGGUGAACAAACAGCGGCAGCUCUGCCAGCGCCACCCAGACAUCAUGCAGGCCAUCGGCGCGGGCACGAAGGAGUGGAUCAGGGAGUGCCAACACCAGUUCAGACACCAUCGAUGGAACUGCAGCACACUGGACCGUGACCACACCGUCUUUGGACGCGUCCUGCUCCGGAGUAGUCGUGAAGUCGCUUUUGUCUAUGCCAUCUCCUCAGCGGGAGUCGUGUACGCACUGACUCGUGCCUGCAGCCAGGGGGAGCUGAAGACGUGUAACUGUGACCCUCAAAAACGAGGACGAGCAAACGAUGAAAAAGGCGAAUUUGACUGGGGUGGCUGCAGCGAUAACGUCAACUAUGGGAUAAAAUUUGCUAAAGCCUUCAUUGAUGCCAAAGAGAUGACUGUACGGGAUGCUCGAGCCCUUAUGAACCUCCACAACAACCGCUGUGGCAGAACAGCAGUGAAGCGCUUCAUGAACAUGGAGUGUAAAUGCCACGGUGUGAGCGGCUCCUGCACGCUCCGGACAUGCUGGAUGGCCUUGUCGGACUUCAGGAAGACUGGCGACUACCUGCGGAGGAAGUACAACGGGGCAGUUGAGGUGACAAUGAAUCAGGAUGGGACGGGUUUUGCUGUAGCCAACAAAGCCUUCAGGAAGGCCACCAAGAAUGACUUGGUGUACUUUGAGAACUCUCCGGAUUAUUGCCUCCAAGACAAAGCAGCAGGUUCUCUGGGCACUGCCGGACGGGUCUGCAACAAGACAUCGCGGGGCACCGAUGGCUGCGAAGUCAUGUGCUGUGGGAGAGGCUACGACACCACCAGGGUCAUGCAAAUCACUAAGUGUGAGUGCAAAUUCAAAUGGUGCUGCGCAGUGGAGUGUAAGGACUGUGAGGAGGCUGUAGACAUACACACGUGCAAGGCCCCUAAACGAGCAGAGUGGCUGGACAAGACCUGAAGACACGCUGCCCUUUCUUCCCAUCAAAUGCAACCUCACCCAAUACCCCUUUGCAGGAUAUCGUGUAGAACGCAGUAUUCUGGAAAGUCUGUCCAAAAGUGCUCUGCAUCUCUGCCCCAACCUUGUCUCAUCAUUGCAUGGCUUUUUUUUACCUGUCUGUGAAAGCACUAGAAUCCACUGGCCAUCGUAAUGAGUCAACACACAUUAGCUCCUAUUUGAGAAUGUCUCUGUGAUUAAACUGCUGGGAUCAGAUGAACUGUAAUAGUCAGUGAUGCCAAUUUGACUUUAACCACAGAUUCAGCCCAGAUAACAUUUUCUCUGGUGUGUGGUACUGCAUUCAAAAUGGUUUGCUGCUUUCAUGAUGCUUCAAAGAGAUUUUACCUGAGCCUUAAAACAUAUCCAGUAUUAUUAACAGCAUCAUAUCAUAUACUCACAUAACUUUGAAUUAUUUUAUUUUGGAGAGUUGGGGAUGGGGGCAGGGUAACUGAGGGUUGGGGGCAUACACUGUUAUCUAUUGGAAAAAAAAAAAAAAAAAAAUCAUACUUGGUUGAACUGGGGACAGUACCUUAGAAAGUGCAAUUCAAGAUGUGGACAUAAAGAUAUAUUUGGCAAUGCAGGGCCAAUCGAGCGUCCAGGAAAAGGACUGCAAGAGGAGAAGGAGAUGGACACCAGAUGAAUUUUAACAUAAUGGACAAAUGCAUCACUGGAGCAUAGAGAGACAUUGUGCAAAGGAGAGGAAAAAAGGACGAAAGUGAAAAAAAAAAUAUUUAAAUUGUGAAGUGUUGUUUCAAUCCUCAUCCGUUGAUGAGCGUGCACUGCAAUGGCUGAUGCAAGGAGAGAGAAGAGCACUAGCAUUACUGUUAUUAUACAGUGAGUUUUAGUUUUGUGUGAGAUUUGAAAAACCUGCUGCUGAGAAGAAGACAAAGAAAACUGAGGCCGCGAUGGGUCGCUCAUCAACAGAUCCACAUCCACAGAUCUUACUUCUCUGCUCUCGAGCUAGCUUGUAUAACAAUUUGUAUAAUGCUCUAUCUAAACAGAUGUUCAUAUAAAAUAUAUGGUGAAUUAGUUUGUUGCUGGUUGCUUUUGUCGUUGUUGUUCAAUCACAAAAAUCAAAGUUUUGGCCAAAUAAUAGUAAGUGAGAUGAAUGAGUCUUGACCAAACAGCACAAAGAGUUGUCUUAUUUUUUAAAGCUAACAAUGUGCAAACGGUAACUGCAAUCACAUAAAAUGUGUACAGAUUACUAUUAUUACAAACUACAGUAUUAUUCAGUUGUUUUAAACUACUUACCCUUAUUGUUUUCCAGUUUGACUACAAGGUGCUGGCCUUGCUUUCAUUUUUAAAAUUUUUUUUAUUGAUCAAUGCUUUUUUUAGGCUGACUGAAGGUUUUUCAAAGUUUUUAUGCUCUUUCUGUCUGGUAUUUGUCAGUAAAUACAAAAUAGUAUGAGUAAAGGAUCUAAGAAACUCAUCUACCUUCAGUUGAUUUAUCAACUUUAUUCUCAAGUUUUCAGUUAACAACCCUUUAGGGGUCACCUUUUGGGUACUGAACACUGUGUGAUGAACAUUUUCUUUCUCAUACCCAGUCACACUAUUGCACAUUUAUUGCUUAUGUACGAAUAUAAGCAGCUUUAUCUGAAAAAUAUUGCAGCAUUGCAUUUCCCUCGCAUCUGAAAAUGUACCAUACAUAAUUUGAUGCUGAGCUUUGCCACAGCUCUUUUGGUACUUCUUGUAAAAUUCUUUACCUAGAGCUUUGCAACUAAGAAAUGUCAUAUUUACCCUGCAUAUCUGCCACUGCAUAUGUAAGCAAGUGGUUCUCAAAUGUCACAGUAAUGACCUAUUACUAACAUUAAUUGAUCUCAUGCUACACUGUGCAGGCGAUCUGUCUCCUCAGAUUAAGAUUUACUAACAUUGCAUUGGUGUGCUGAAUGAAUUGGUGUGCUGAAGUGACUCAAAUGGUAAAGUUUUAUGAUUAAUUCAUCUUUCAGGUUUUGUCUCUUGGGGGCACUUUAGACCGUUUAUAGAGCUUUAAACCUUCAGCUCAAGAUGGUCAGCUGAUCAUUAAGUCAAAAGUAAACUAAACGUCAUGGCUAAAGUAACUUAGUCCAACCUGAUGAAGUAGCACAAUAAAUUGUACACAUUUGAUCCCAAUAUACAUGCACUAUACACAACAGGAGUUCAUCAUAGAAAACACAUACUAUAAAUGUGACUGGACUUUUUUCAUAAAAUGUCCUUUAUUGGCUCAUGUUUGGACCCACAUAAAAGUAUUUUUAGAUGAUCCAAUAUACACUAUAUUGCCAAAGAGUAUUGGGCCACACCAUCAAAUUAAGAACUUCCAGUUUUCCAAUCACUUCCAUGGCUGCAGAUUUAUAAAGUUUGGUGGGGAGAAACUUGACUGGCCUGAACAGAGUCCUGACAUCAACCUUCUUGAACACCCUUUAUGAGGAAUUAGAGUGGAUGCUGCAAUUCUGGUUUUCUCAUCUAAGAACACACUCCUAUACCUUGUGGAAGAUGUUUACAGAAUAGUUAAAGUUGCUGACAACAGUGGGUCCAUCAAUAAAUUAGACCUUAUAGAUUAUGAUUAUGAGGUCAUCAAAGAUCAUGUACAUGUAAAAGUAGACAAAUACAUUUGGCAAUAUAGUGUAUGUGGCAAGAUAAGAAACUAUGUCAGCAGCUCUAGUAUUUUCCAUAGAUUCAGACAAAUUGAGUGUUAGCAAGAAGUUAGUGACAUGUAACCAAAGAUUUAAUUUAGAACAGUUUCUUUGCUAAGUUGUGUAGAUGUCAGCACUGAUCUACCAGUUCAUCCCUAUAGUGUAGAAGCCUUUUUAUGCACUAAUGAAACUAAGGUCAGUAUUGAAUGGCUUUAAAAAAGAAAGAACAAAAAUCGCCCCCAAACGUUAAGAAACUGAACUGCUAAUGACUGAGAAGAUUCCAAAGGGUAAAAAGAAAAGAAAAAAAAACAGUGAAAGAUCUUCCUAAAGUAAAAUUAAUAUUAUGUAGAGCACUACAAAAUAUUAUGAGGAACACUGUUUACUUGGCAAGAUAAUAUUAAAAGAGAGAGAUAACCCAAGCCCUUACACAGAACUGUAUUUCAGUAACAAAAGGUCAAUGCUGUGAGGAUCAGGGUAAGAGGUGUUGUGUCAGUCAAGAAGAGGGAAGUGUUUUAUUAAAGACCCAGCCUAAAACCCCAACCCCUGCUCACCCUCUCCUAACCUCCCCCCCCAUGUGGAAUUCCAGGUGGGUCCCAGGCUAAUGACUAGAUGGCUGUAAUUACCCAGGGCUGUUGAUAGCUGGAGAUGGAACAUGGUCAUGCCACAGAGGGCCUAGUGUGGGCUCCUGCUGGGACCACAUUUAAUCAAAGGCUUCUUGGGCGGCUUAUCACAGGGAAUACUUUCCAGCAAUCUUCUCAGUCUUGGCCCCGUCUGCUUCCCAGACUCCAGUUAAGUCUGUGCUGCAUUCGAGUCCAAAGACUCCUAGUCUAGAGGGUAUCUCACACACAAGCACAGAAGAAAGCACUAAAAGGAUUUUUAUAUUAUUUUAGACGCACACAUUACAGUUAACAUCUUUUUACUGAACAUUUGUUAUAGCUCACUCAGUUCUGAUCAAAAGAUCAUUGGAAGAAGCCUUGAAAUUAGUUUAUUUAUUUACCAGGACAGUGCAUAUUUACACCUGAAAAAUGCCAGAAUUAGACAAAGGCUAGUUUUCAUCUGUAGUCCAAAAAUAAGCACAACAGAAUAAAACAAUGAAUCUAACCAACAAUAAAACCACACAUUGAGACUGUGUUUGUCCAUUGCUGUGUAUGAGCAGCAGCAGCAAAAAAGCAAUAUAAUACAGGGGAAAAGUUUCAUAAAAAGCAGCAUAGUUAUUUUGUAAGCACAAAAAGCAGUAACAAAGGGUUUAGUAAAAAAUAAUAGCAGCAAUAUAAGUGUCAUGCAUUAGUAACAUGAGUUAAAACAUUUGAUAGAUGCAUGACAAAUAACAUUGUUACUGGCAGAAUUGUAAAACACGUAAUUAUUCUUAUUACAGAAAAGGUCAUAAAGGAGUCACACAUUCAGAACUGAAACACAAGAUGGCAGCAGCAGGAGUUCAGUGUUGACAGGUCUGGUUACUAAUCAGCCAACAUUUUAGAUGUGUGCAAAACAGGCUUUAUGUGUUGAUUUCUCUGAUUGUGGUUGGAAUGGUGUUCCUUUCCCGAGAAGCUCUACCUGAAAAACCUGACUGACUAAAAACACUUUUUCUAAGUGGUAUAAUACAGUCACCUCUGGACACUCCUCGGGUGAUUCUGUGUAUGGAUGUUCUGAGACUGACAAAAACACCAUGAGGCGGAGAGGCCAUCUCAUGUAGGAUUUUGUAUAUCUGACAGGCAUUUGUGAACUUAAUGAGAUUAUCCCAACUUAGAACUAUGUAUUUUGAUAAAAUGGAACAGUGAUGAAAUGUCUUUGAUUUUCUGUAGAAUACUUUGAGUGUGUGUCUUGGUACAAAGACUGUAAUAGUUUCAGAGUGGUGGAGUUAGUCUCAAUAGAGCCACUAAAAAUGUCAUCUUCAGCAAAAAGCUUUAUUGUAAUAUGGUUAUUGAAAUACUCCUCCAUAGUAAGAAAAAAAACUAACAUGACUGAUGACUUACCUGUCAUCCUACAAGCCUUAUUUGCUCUAAAAAGACCCAUCAACCUGAAGUGAUCUUUUAAUACCUGCAAGAGGCCAAUAUCAUUAGAUAAGCUUUAUUGCCUUUCCCAAGAGUAAUUUUAUCAAGCCACACCCAGUCUGAGACUAGUGCCAGUAUCCACUGGUAAUGUCUAUCUGUGUCUUGAAUGCCAAGCUGGGAGCCUUCCUGUCAUUAGCCUUUGCAGCUCGCAGAGAAUGUUAAGGCAAGGAGGCCAAGGUGAGGCAGACCAGACUAAAUGACGACAUAGGAGCGGGCGGCAUUAAACAUCUGAUUUAUUGGUUCUCCAUUGCAGAGAGGGCUCAUUGCAUAAAAAGGUGUACCAAUUUAUUUAACCAUAAAAUUAAGUGGAUCCUGUCUGAACAUCUUUACAAAACAAUGCAGUUGAUCGCAACGUGCUCACUCUUAUUUUAAAAUGUUUUUGUGAAGCAAUACAUCAAUUCAAAACUUUUUUUCCACCUUUAUUUUGACACAUAUCCUGCAUAACUUAACUAACACAUUUGGUCAGGGACAAAAAGUCAAAACUAAAAAAUUUGCCUUUACCUUGUUGUAUAGGUGUUCACACCCUAAAACUCGUACUAAUUGAAGCAUCUUUUCACUGAAUUUCAGCACCACAUCUUAACUUGACAAUAUUUGGCCAAACCUCAUAUUAAAAGAUCCACAAGUUCAACAUGUAAUCCUGCUUCAUCUAACAGGUUUGGGUCAAAAUAGACCGGAUCAAGACUUCAACCACCUGUACAAAAUUUCCAGUUCAAUCUUAAGAAAGGUAAUCCUUGGCAUAAUGCUGCCACCACCAUGUUUCACUCUGGGUAUGGUGUUCUUUCAAUAUGAUGCAGUGUUGUUUUUGUUCAUAACUUUUGGAUCUGUGGCCCAAAAUUUCAAGUUUGGUGUCAUAGGGAACAUAACACAUUCUCCAGCAAGGUUUGGGAAGAUUUUAUCCAAGCCUGAUUGUUUUACUUGGAAGAAAAAGAUUGCAACCCUACUCGUUAGUCAGGCUGUGGAAAAUUCAGGAAAUUUAUGUCACAUGUAGAACACAACUAGUAUUAUCAUAAAUUCCUGGUGAUUCUUCGCUGUUCCUGUUGGCUUCUCAGCAGAUUCCUUGACCAGUUUCCCUCUUGGCUUUUCCUUAAUUUUGGAGAAAACUGUUUUGUUAUAAUGUCACCAUUGGCCCACAUGUUCUCCAAUUAAGAUGACUGUCUUCACUGUGCCCUGACAUAUGUUAGAUGCUGUGGGUUUUCUUUUGUACUCUUCUUCUGACUGCUACCUCUGUACCAUUAUAUUAUUUUAUUUCUUUGUAACCUUGGCAAACGUUGGCUUUAAAUAAAGGUUGCAAAGGUGUACUUUCCUGAAA